CGCUCAGCCGCCUACCCGGGACCUCUGCCCUGCUCCGCUCCACGGGGCGUGGUAUGUUCCUCACCUUCGCUGUGUCCAAGGCUGCAGAGCAGGGGGACCAGGCGGGAGCUAGCACCCAGGGCAAGCGGAGACCUCAUUCACAGUGUGGGAGGAUGUGGCUGUACCUGGCCGCCCUGCUGGGGCUGUACUUCCUCUGCCGAUGGUACCGGGAGCGGCAGACUGUGGAGAACCUCCGAGAGAAAUACGUCCUGAUCACCGGCUGCGACUCCGGCUUCGGGAACCUGCUGGCCAAGCAGCUGGACGUGCGGGGUCUGCGGGUGCUGGCGGCUUGUCUCACCCAGCAGGGCGCGGAGCAGCUGAGGAAGGCGACGUCGGAGCGGCUGCAAACGGUGAUCCUGGACGUCACCCGGACCGACAGCAUCGCCGCGGCCACCGCCUGGGUGAAGGAACAAGUGGGGGACAAAGGGCUCUGGGGCCUGGUGAACAACGCGGGGCUCAUCUUCCCCGUGGCCCCCAACGAGUGGCUGACCAAGGACGACUUCGUCAAGGUGCUGGACGUGAACCUGGUCGGCCUGAUCGAGGUGACCCUCAGCUUCCUGCCCCUGGUGAAGCGAGCCAGGGGCCGAGUCGUCAACGUGGCCAGUAUCCUGGGCCGGCUGGCCUUCUACGGAGGGGGCUACUGCCCUUCUAAGUACGGCGUGGAGGCGUUCUCCGACAGCCUCAGGCGCGAGCUCCGGCCCUUCGGCGUGAAGAUCGCCAUUGUGGAGCCGGGCUAUUUCCGCACGCCCAUGACGGAGACCCGGCGCAAUCUGGAGUGCCUGGAGCAGAGCUGGCACCGCGCCCGCCCCGACAUCAAGGAGAGCUACGGGCAGCGCUACUUCGACAGCCGUCACAAGCUCACCAGAGAGAUACUCUUGACAAAACCCAGCACCAACCUCUACCUGGUCACCGACUGCAUGGAGCACGCGCUGACAGCCCGUCACCCUCGCACCCGCUACUCCGGGGGCUGGGACGCCCAGUUCUUCUACAUCCCCCUCUCCUACCUGCCCACGGCCUUGGCGGACUGGGUGCUGACCUGGACUUGGCCCCGCCCAGCCCAGGCCCUGUAAAUGGGGGGAUGUGACGUUAUUGACAUAAACUGGGACCAUAUAGAUCAUUGUUGCAACCAAGGUCCUGUAGUGGCACCCAAAUCUUGUAUAAAGGGGGUCAAAUGGGGUGUCUAGGACAAGGUUAUGGUUUACUGGUUAUGAUUAUGCUGUCUAUAUGUGUGUAUCACUUUUGUAGUUGAAGUUAUGAAUAUUGGCUCUAUACUGUCUGUAUGGCAAAAUUAUGCUAUGCUGCUGGGUGACAUCCCAGACAAGCUGAGAUUAGCUCUGCCUAGCCUGCUUGAUGGCCCAUUAAGGACCAUCAGCUGUACAAUGGACCCAUUGAGAGAAGGCAGAUAAGCCUUGUAACUCAGCAAAGUAUGCAGGGACUGGCCCAUGUGACUCCAGACUCCAUUUUGCUGUAAUUUUCCACAGUAAGAACAAAGAGGUGUUCUUACACCUGGAAAAGACUAUAUAAGGCUGAUGCCUCAUCUCCAUCUUGUCUUCAAUCCUGCUUCAUACCUCUGGAGGAACUUUGCUACACUGAAGCUCUGAACAAAGGACUGAGGACCCAUCCCAGCGGGGGAUGUAUUCCAGAGACUUGAUUUGAACCUGCAGUUUAUUCCAUCGCCGCUGCAAGCCUGAACCAAGAACUUUGCCAUUACUGUAUGUAAUUAAUUCCAUUUAACCAAUUCUAACUCUCAUCUCUAUCUUUUCCCUUUUAUGAAUAAACCUUUAGAUU